AUGCUCACCACGUCUCUCCGCCGACACGCUGGCCAACUCCGCCCACGUCGCUACGUCUCGCGCCGUUUCGCUUCGACAUCACCAGAGUCCACACCAGCACCCUCGUCUUACUUCAGAUAUUUUCGUACAUUCUCAGCACUUACCACCGUCGCGGUCGGCUCGUACCUGUACGGCUCGCUGAACCCGCCGACGCUCGCGACAUACAUCUCUCCGCGCACGGCGCCUCCGCCUCUGCGUGCAGACGACCCCAAGCACAUUGCCUACGUUGCCGGGCUGGAGGAGACGCUGCAGAGCCUUCCACUCUUGACUGCGCAUCGAGCAAAGGAAGGAUAUGGAGAGUGGUAUGAGGCUCGGCCGUACCUGAAAGUACCAGAGGAGGAAAGAGUGAACACGCUGACCGGCGGGGCAUUGCACGGCCCCGGGAAGCUCGCGAUACCGUCGCUCGUUAGGUCGAAGCGGGAUAACAGCGAGGCGAUGGUGUUUGUGCACGUCGGCCGGGCGCUGUGUGGACAUGAGGGGAUCAUACACGGCGGCCUGUUGGCGACGCUGCUGGAUGAGACUCUCGGACGGCAGGCGAGUGCUCGGCGGCAUCCAUACAGGGCACUCCUCAACUUGCCAGAAAAGAUUGGCGUCACGGCUUAUCUUCAUCUGAACUACCGUGCACCCACUCGCGCAGAUCAGUUCAUUGUCAUUAAAACACGUCUUAUUGAAAUAAGCGGCCGGAAAGCGAAGGUAGCGGGAGUGAUUGAGGACAUGCAAGGGACUGUUCUCGCGGAAGCAGAGGCCCUGUUCAUACAGCCGAAGUACGCGAAGCUACUUGAUAGCAAGAGGCUCCGUGAGUUGAUGGGUGAGCCCGAUGAUAUGCAGGAGCCUGUCAAGGUCCCUCUUCCCAUGCAGGGCGGCGCUCCAUCGCUUGGCGAUGUGAAGGCCUAA